AUGGUAUUCGCCCUGAAAGAGCAGAACCGCAUCAUUAGGCAGCUUCGGAGAGAAGCCAACGCCAACUUCAUGCUCCUGGAUGACAGGAGUCGGCGGACCCAGGAUUUAGUCCAGAAGCUCGUGGGCAAGAUCAACACCCAGGAGACUCAGCUCCAGAAAGCAGAAGGGACAAUCACGGCGAUGCAGGGAGAGAUGCAGAACAUGCGGGGCAAGAUCGAGGAGGCCUUGAAGCUUAUCGAUAUCGCCAAGAAGCUCGAGGAGAAAAUCGUCUCCGUGCAACACAGGCUCGAGACGCAUACGGCCACGCUCAAGGCACACGAGGCACGAUUUGGAGAGAUCGAUCGAUUGGCCGGGAGGGUUUCAAUCUUGGAGGAAGCGUUAACCACGAUAUCAGGGGAUGACGUGUACGUGACCACCGACCAUAUGGGCGAGCCGAUGCCCCUCAACGCGGUGGUCCAGAAGUUGCAGAUCACGCUGACGGAGUACAACGUCAAGAUCCACGAGCAAUCUAAGGCCCUCCGACAACAGAGCGAGGUCCUGACAAAGGCGGAAGGUCAGCUGGCAGAAGGAAUACGUGUCAACAGAGAGAACAUCGAGGAAAUGCAGGUGAAAUUGGCAAAGAAUGACGACAUCGACCUAGGGGAGAUACGAAGAGGGCAGACGUCUAUUGCCGAGCAGCUCGACGUCAUCCAGCAAGAGCUGCUGGCGAAGAUAGACAAAUGUGAUCCACAAGGAUGA